AACAUAAACAUGCAAGUUAUACCAUCUUACGCUUUCCAGGGAUUAAGCACUGGAACAUUAAAUAUCAACCUUACAGGUAACUGGAACCUACAGAAAUUGCAUGAUGAUGUCUUCAUGGGAGCAACAGGUCCAACAGUUCUGGAUAUUUCCAGAACCGGUAUUGCUGCACUUCCGAUUCAUGGCUUGAAGUCUAUUAAGAAGCUCAUAGCUCAGUCGACCAAUAACUUGAAAAGGUUACCACCUCUGGACAACUUUGUUGAACUAAGGGAAGCCAGUAUGACAUACUCGAGCCACUGCUGCGCAUUCGAAAAUGAAAAUGCUAAGAAGAAAAAGGAGUUACUGUGGUCUCCAGUAUGCAACAGAUUCUAUGGCAAGAAUUACGUUUUCAGCAACACAAGCUCUGAAAUUGAAUCUGAAGUUGGAUCCACACAUUCAAAAAAAUCCAUGGAGAUGAACUCUGCUGUACCACAGCAAUAUGCAUUCCUUGAAAGUGAGGCAUGGCUCGACUCAAAUGAAGAUGAACCAUUUUUUGAUUAUGGGCUGUGCUCUAAUGUAGUAGAUGUGAUCUGUAACCCAAAAGCAGAUGACUUCAAUCCAUGUGAAGAUAUUGUGGGUAAAGAUAUUCUAAGAGUUAUAAUUUGGCUAAUGAAUAUUCUUGCUAUUAUAGGAAAUGUCAUUGUUCUCAUAGUCCUUGUAACCAGUCGAUAUAAACUCACAGUUCCACGAUUUCUCAUGUGUAAUCUUGCUUUUUCUGACUUUUGUAUGGGUCUUUACUUGUUGCUCAUUGCUUCUGUAGAUAUCCAGACAAAAGGCCAGUACUAUAACUAUGCUAUAGACUGGCAGACUGGAGCUGGGUGUGCAUCUGCUGGAUUCUUCACUGUUUUUGCUAGCGAGUUGUCAGUGUACACACUUACUACAAUCACAUUGGAAAGGUGGCAUACAAUUACUUAUGCCAUGCAGCUGGACAAAAAACUCCAUCUGAGGCAUGCCAUUGUUAUUAUGUGUGGUGGUUGGGCAUUUUCUUUCAUUGUUGCAAUUCUGCCUCUUUUAGGGAUCAGUAACUACAAGAAGGUUAGCAUUUGCCUCCCAAUGGACAUAAACUCACCAUUGUCCCAGGCUUAUAUUAUUUUCAUUUUGCUACUGAAUGUUAUUGCAUUUUUGAUAAUUUGUCUCUGCUAUAUUAAAAUCUACCUUACAGUUAGAAACCCCAACUUCAUCUCUACAAAUGGUGAUACAAAAAUUGCUAAACGUAUGGCUGUACUGAUCUUCACUGACUUUAUAUGCAUGUCGCCAAUAUCUUUCUUUGCUAUUUCUGCAGCUCUGAAGGUCCCUUUUAUCACUGUGUCUAGUUCCAAGAUACUUCUGGUUUUGUUUUACCCAAUCAAUUCUUGUGCCAAUCCUUUUCUGUAUGCAUUUUUUACAAAGACUUUUCGUCGAGAUUUCUAUAUUCUUUUGAGCAGGUUUGGCUACUGUGAAAUGAAAGCACAGCUCUACAGGACAGAAACAACAUCGUCAAUUCAAAAUUCCAAUGUGAGAAAUGGCGCUUUGGCCUCAGCAUCACACUUUGGCCAAGGCACAGUAUACACAGAGCUUCUGGCAGCUACUAAUCGCCAACAGUGUGGAGCUCACAACCUCAAUUCUGAAGAGUCCCGCCAAACACUUACAGGAAUCUAUGCUAUUAACUGAUUGUGCAUAAGCUUUCCUGAAGUAAAUUUGUUUUGCUCAUCUUGCAAGGAAGUAACCUUUCCCUGGAGAUCUCUGAUGUCUUCUUGUUAAAUUACCGAGAACUUGGUGUCUAUUGUCAAGUAUACCAGGAUCAAACUUUAGGUUCCAGCAUUGCAACUGAGCAGUCACCUCUAAUUUACAGACUAAUCUUACAGAGAAUGAAUCAGUGUUUAUACAGCAUGGGAUUAGAAUAACCUAAAUGCGGGCUGUAGAUAUAUGAUUCAAGUAAUUUGCAAAGACCCAUUUUGUGCAAGAAACUAAUAAUGCCAUAUCAGAAAGCACUUGAGUUACAUUGUCCGUAUAAGACUUACUUUAAGUUUACCAGAAUUUAUUGCUAUUUAUGCAUUUUAGUGUAAGUAGUAAUGUUAUUCUACUCUGGAUUUCUUGUAUUUGAUAGGGAAAAUUUGCUCCUGAUUUCAAGCCAUAUGUAUGAUUCCAAGAACUUGAAUGUUUAAAACAUAUGGAGCAGUAAAAUCUGUUGCAGUGGCCUCAUUUUUUGUAAAAAAAAGCUCUCAAGUGACUAGCUAAUGUUGUAUGCUGAAUUAAUGAUUCAUGCCAUACGCUGAGGUAGAUAAUCGUGCUUAUUCAUAAGGGUGGUCAUUGUCGUGUUUCAUUGUAAAAAUCUCCAUGUCAGGAUAUUUCUGUUACUAAUACAUUAAAUGUAUUAUUGUAAUUGAUGUUAGGUCACUAGAUGAAAGAAGGGAGGAAAGACAAAGACCCUUAGUCCUGACUCUAAUGUAGUAAAAUCUAGGUGGUAAGAUUGAAAUGAGGAAGAACGAGGGAGAAACUCAAAGUCAGGUCUGGGUUUUGUUACAAUUACAACUAUCUCCCAGCCCCUCCCAAUUGACAUCUACCACAACCAGCGCCACCCAAACACACACACACUCUGCCAAAGUCAAAUAUUAAUGAGGAGCCCAAAGAGAAAAAAGUAGAUGAAGAAUAACAAGUGUUACCAGCAUUUGUUUUUAACUGUAGGGUAAGGUUUAUUUUCUGUGCAUUAUCCAAAUAUAGAGGAUUAUUAACUGAUGAAAA